AUAUGUGACCUCACACUUCGGGAGAAAACAUGACAGCUUAGCCUUCUGAUUUAAGUCACUUCGACUCCAUUUGAUACUAUUAGCACAUUCAACAUGUCUGAGAAAGAACUGGGGCAGAAAUGGGACCGCUGCCUUGCAGACUGCGCUGUUAAAGUUGGUGCUGGUCUUGGUUUAGGUAUCGUCUUUUCUGUGGUCUUCUUCAAACGUAGGACGAUGCCAAUCGCAUUUGGCACAGGAGCAGGACUGGGCAUGGCUUAUUCCAACUGCCAGAAUGACCUGAGGACCCCAUAUCUCCUGCACAGGAAUGCUACAAAGGAGCAGUAGCAUCGGUCCAGUGCAGUAUUUCACUUGUUUUUGUUGCUUAUCUGAGAGUCGACUGACUGAUAUCUUUCUGCAGAUUUCUCUUCAUCGUCCAGCAUCCCUGUGCCGGACAGUCCGUCUCCAUCACGUUGUUUAUAAUGAUAUUGUUGGAUAAUGUAGAUUUGAGAAUGAUGUACCCUGGCACUUGUGCACUUAUAAAACACUAUUUUAUGACAUGA